UUUUCUCAUGUUUCUCUCUCACGCGUUUAGUAAGAAAAUUAAAUUAAAUCGAGCGGAAAAAAAGGGGAGAGAGGAAAAGUUGGAUUUUGUUUCCCAAAUCCGAUCCUUCCUUCCGAUUUUGGGCAAUUUUUCGCUUCAAUUUGGUAGAAUUUGGGGCGAAUUUGAUGCGUUUUGGGCUCUUUGGUUCUUAAAGAGGUCGAAUUUUUUGGUAUUUUUGAGGUAGAUAAAAGGAGAAGGAAAGUUGGAAACGGAGUUGAUUAUAAGCGCUUUUGAAGUCGUAUUUUCGACGAAGCUAGAAAUUUUUUUAGCUCGAUUUCGUUUCCCGAAUCUAAUACUACUUUCCAAUUUAGGGUUUUUGGAGGAGGAGCCGUUUUUCGGUUGAAAUUCGUAGAAUUUGGCUCGAAUUUGAUGCGAUUUGAGCAUUAGGGUUCGUAAAAGGGUUGGAUUUUUGAGGAAGAGUUGGAAAAGAAGUUGGUCAAACCGCUUUCGAAUUCCUACUUUUAAGGAAGCUACAAAUUUUUGUGGUUCGAUUUCUCUUCAAAUUGGUAGAAUUUGGGGCAAGUUUGAUACGAUUUCGGCACUAGGGUUCUUAAAAAGCUAGGAUUUUUUAGCUGAAUUUAUUGGAUUGGGCGAAAGGGAGAAGAUGACGAUCGAUUUCUCGAUGCCAGGGAGUUCGGGGAUUUUGGAUUCCCCAGCAAAGAGGGACAUGUCCUUCUUCAGUAAUGGGUAUGUGCUAGGGCUCACAGUUACCGCGGGGAUCGGUGGGUUGCUUUUUGGGUAUGAUACAGGUGUGAUAUCUGGAGCACUUCUAUAUAUCCGCGAUGAUUUUAAGGCAGUCAAUGACAAUUAUGUCUUACAAGAAACAAUUGUAAGUAUGGCAUUAGUUGGAGCCAUGAUCGGGGCCGCGGGGGGUGGAUGGGUAAAUGAUGCUUAUGGGCGCAAGAAGGCUACCCUUCUUGCUGAUGUGGUCUUCACUGUUGGAUCGCUUAUCAUGUGUGCCGCACCUGACCCAUAUGUUCUCAUUCUUGGGAGACUCCUCGUCGGUUUGGGGGUGGGAAUAGCGUCAGUUACGGCCCCAGUUUAUAUCGCAGAAGCUGCACCUUCGGAAAUUAGAGGAGGGUUAGUGGCUACUAAUGUGCUCAUGAUCACCGGCGGGCAGUUCCUCUCUUACCUUGUAAAUCUUGCUUUCACUGAGGUUUCUGGGACGUGGCGUUGGAUGCUUGGAGUCGCUGCGAUACCAGCAAUCAUACAAUUCAUUCUGAUGCUCUUUCUUCCUGAAUCACCUCGCUGGCUCUACAGGAAGAAUGAGAAAGCUAGGGCUAUCGAGGUCCUCUCGAAGAUCUACGACCCCGACCGGUUAGAGGAGGAGAUCGAUCUUCUUGCUGUUUCCUCUCUCGAUGAUCGGUCCAAGAAAUCGGUCAGUUAUCUCGAUGUGUUCCGGUCAAAGGAAAUAAGGCUCGCAUUUUUCGCAGGAGCCGGCCUUCAGGCGUUCCAGCAAUUCACGGGGAUCAACACGGUCAUGUACUACAGCCCGACGAUCGUCCAGAUGGCGGGCUUCUCCUCCAACCAGCUCGCCCUCCUCCUCUCCCUCAUCGUCGCGGCCAUGAACGCUGUGGGCACUGUCGUCGGCAUACUUCUCAUAGACCGCUGCGGCCGCCGCCGCCUCGCCCUCACCAGCCUCUCCGGCGUCACGCUCUCCCUCCUCAUCCUCUCCGCAGCCUUCUUCCUCCAAUCCUCCGAUCUCACGUCCGCCUUAUGUGGCUCGGCUGCUCUACACACCUCCACCGCGUGCGGGAACCGCCUCGGGUGGUUCGCGGUGGCCGGCCUGGCUUUAUACAUCGCCGCCUUCUCGCCCGGCAUGGGGCCCGUCCCGUGGGCGGUGAACUCAGAGAUCUACCCCGAAGCGUACCGCGGGGUGUGCGGGGGGAUGUCCGCGACCGUCAACUGGGUCUCGAACCUGAUCGUCGCGCAGAUCUUCCUUUCCGUCGUGGCGGUGCUGGGGACGGCGGCGACGUUUCUAAUCAUCGCCGGGGUGGCCGUGCUCGCUUUCGUCUUCGUGCUCCUCUUCGUGCCGGAGACGAAGGGCCUGACCUUUGAGCAGGUUGAGCGGAUGUGGAAGGAGCGGGCGUGGGGGAGCCCGUUGGGCAGCCGCGAGAGCCUCCUCGACGGCGCGGCUUGAGUCGCCUUCGUCCGGUUUAAGUUCUCAUGCAAAGAGGACAUUGCUCCUGUUUUUUUCAAGAGGGUGGUUCCUCCUUUUGCAUGGGGAUAUAUGAUAUCAAGUUACACAGAGUAAACAAAAGGAGAGAACUAGGGUUUCUCAAUUUGUUAUGUGCCUUCUUGUUUGUUCCCUUUUUAGUUAUGUAGCUAGUUUGUGAUCAUGUUGUGAUUUGUGAAAGAAAACAUUCCCAGAAAUAGUGAGUGCCCCUUUUGUUGUAUGUAUGCAUGUACAAAUUAUGCGCGAUUAUUCGAUCUAUUUAUUCAAAUGAGAUGUGUAGUUCUUGUAGGGUGUAGGGUUUCAUUUCAAAUACCUGCACUUUGAGUC